AUGGCUCCAAGUCCCUCAACACAGUCUAUUACAGACCUCACUACAAGAUUCCACAAAGCUAAAGGAGACAUCCCUCCUCUUCUUAUUGGAGCUUCAGUAACAAUUGUAGGCGAGAAUCUCUACCUUUUUGGUGGACGCCACAAAGCAUCGCGCCAAAUAUCUAGCAAGCUGUAUGUUCUCUCCCUCGAGACAUACUUUUGGAAAAGCGUUAUUCCGAAGAACACUCCGCCUACAGCCCGUUACUUUCAUUCUGCAGAUUGUUAUGAAAACCACAUCUUAUUGUUUGGAGGCAUGGCUUCUGAUAAAUCAUCACCCAAUGGGCUGUGUGCCUUGGGUGAUAUAGUUCUUCUCAACCUACAGGACGAAAAUGGCGAUCUUGCUUGGGAAUACCCAGACACACAAUCUACCACCUUACCCCAACCCCGAUACGCACAUCUCUCAAGCAUCUCUGGCUCAGAACUAAUGAUUAUGGGCGGCCAAGACAUUGAAAAUGAGUAUAUCCCCGAGGUCAACGUAUUCGACUGCAAGCAAAAGACAUGGUUCAACCCGAUACCUAUCGAACCACAUUAUGGUGCCUACCGAUCAGCAGCAGUAUCUAUCCCAACGUCCUCUUUUGCCUCACUAAAUAUGCCACGUAUUGUUGACUCUGCGAACACAUCUUUUGCAUCUCCAUUCGAUGAAAAUAAUGCGUACAACCACUCUCGUCAACGUAACAAGACGUCAACUGUUCAUGUGUAUUCUAGUUCAAACAUCGAUGGACCUGUACGCCAAUUCCAUGCACUCACAGUCUCGACAAAGGGCGAGUUUAUUGAUUUAACAGAUCGCUCAAACCUUUUAGCCGGCACUGCACUUCCUCCACCAUUACGUUUCCCGGUGGCUUUUGCAUGUGGCCAGUACAUGGUUAUUGCAGGCUCUUGUAUCACUCCCACAAGCUCGCAGUAUCAUAUUUGGGCUCUAAAUUUUGCAGCUAUGGCUUGGACCCGACUCGAUGCAGGCCCUGCUCUCUCAAAAGGCUCCUGGCUACGUGGCGCUUUGUAUAAGAACUCCAAUAGAUUUUAUGUGUUUGGUCAUCCGGAUCGAUCAAUGGGUGAUGACUACAAAAACCGGAUUGUAAGCUUUGAGUAUCUCGUGAGCAUUGACACAGAAGCUUUUGGAAUCUACCAACCACCAACACCUUCGUACGACGCCGAAGCUCAGGGUCUGGGACUUUGCAUACUAAAUGACAUGACUUUGGCGGACUUGACGAUCAUCACCACUGACCAACAGUCUGUGCCAGUCAACUCCGCCAUCCUGGCUCAACGAUGGCCUUCUAUUCGGGCUUUGCUGAGUCCACUAUUGUCUCCAGAGAAUCCGGAUCCUUCUGUCCAGACUACACACAAACUCACCUUUCCAGACACACACUCUGUGCUUGUUGCAUUCCUACAGUUUAUCUAUACAGACCAAUUAUUGACUGCUCAACAGCAUCAGCCUCACAUUCUUUCCAGAUUACUACUUAUUGCCGAUUUGUUUGGAAUCGCUCGUUUAAAGGAACUCGCAGUUCAUGCUCUUCAUCAAAUGCUUAAUAUGUCGACAGCAUCAGUAAUUUAUGAAACUGCAGCUCUUUCUAACUCUAUUUCGCUUCAAAUAAGAGCUCUCCGUGUCUUGAUUAAU